CCAUAAAAAAACACUACACUCCACAAAUGGGUGACGUGCCCGUGCCAAGAACAUCGACAAUUGUUAUUAUAUUUUGCUAACUGGAACGGGCCAAGCAGUCGUUGGCCAGCUAAACCAAAUGCAGUAAUAGCCUCGCCGAGCAGUGAGCACACAAAUUGAUUGUUUGUCGCUAGUGGCGACAGGGACAGGGACGGGACAGGUCGCACGCACGACAGAGGAGAAUGGGCAUCAACGUCAGCCGGACGGCGGACCUGGGGUCCAACGAGUGGCUGCAGCGGUUCGUUGGGCGCCACCACAUUGCCCACGAUGACGAGGCCUUCUGGAAUGGAUUGCUCAACUACAACAUUGUGCUGCCGGAGAACAGCCAGGAUCAGCUGAACCUGGACAGCCGGCUGGAGACGCUGUGCCAGUCGUUCAUUGGCAACAAUCUGAAGACGGGCAAUUUCGGCUCCCUGGUCACCGUGUUCCUGGAGAAGACCAGCGAGCUGCUGUCGCUGUCCGACCAGGAGAGCAACAUGCAUGUGUGGCAGACCUUCAACGCCCUCUUCAUCAUUCGCAGCCUGGUCAAGUACAUCAACGAGACCGGAUCCGAGUUCCAGUUGUUGCAGCAUUUCGAGGCGUUGCCCAGCGCCGAGCUUGUGCAGGCGGCCGUUGAGCUGCAGCAACAGACGCCGGCGGAAAGUGCCACCAUUGCCAUCGAGGCCACGGAGCAGGCAGCGACCGCUGCUGCAGCAGCCGCCUCAGCGCCUGUCUUCGUGGACGGCGCCAAGUUCGAGACCUUCAUUGAUGCCUUGGUGAACCUGAUUGUAGUGAUUCCCGUCAAGGAGUUCACCUACCACCUGCACCUGGAGGCCGUCAACAUGCUGAUCACGCUGCUGUCGGUGCAUCUGUUUGCGCAGCAGCCCACAGAUAAGUCGAUCGUCUUUCGCACGGUCUUCAAGUGCCAGCACGCCAACGUGCUGAUGUCGGCCCUGCUGCACUUUGUGGCGCGCAUGGUGGAGGUGCCGCACACCAUGUUCGGCUCCAGCUCGGCGGGCUCCUUCGUCUUCGGCAUCGCUGAAUCGCUGCUCUCCAUCUUCACGUUCCGCAAGCAGCAGGAUGUGCUGAAGGCGAGCAACGCCGUGGGCGGCGAGCUCUCACAGCAGUUUCGCACCCACUAUCCGCUGGCCAACCAGAGCCUGCUGCUCAUCCUCAUACUGACAAACCACUGCACGGCCCAGGAGAAUGCCUAUCGCGCCAGUCUCUUCGGCUGCGCCGACUCCAAAGACUCGCCCAAGCAGGGAACGGUGUCCUUCCAGAUAGACUUCUCGGCCGUUUACGAGACAUUGUGCCGCAUUGUCACCAUUGACCAGGCCACGCUGCUGCUCUAUCUGCUGCUCCAUCGCAACGAGCGCUUCUACAGGUUCGUCAUGCAGCAGCAGGACCUCGAGCAGCUGGUCAUACCCAUUCUGCAGACCCUGUACAAUGCCCCCGACAGCAACUCCCAUCACAUCUACAUGUCGCUGAUUGUGCUCCUCAUUCUGAGCGAAGACGAGGGCUUCAACAAAAACGUCCACACGAUUAUGCUGAAGAACAUCACGUGGUAUACGGAGCGCACCAUAUCGGAGAUAUCGCUGGGCGGCAUCCUCAUCCUGAUCGUCAUCCGCACCAUACAGUACAACAUGCUGAAGAUGCGCGACAAGUACUUGCACACCAAUUGCCUGGCAGCUCUGGCCAACAUGUCCGGACACUUCCGCGCCCUCCAUCCCUAUGUGGCGCAACGCCUGGUCUCGCUCUUCGAGACGCUGGCGCGCAAGCACACGCGGCUGGAUGCCCAGCUGAAGGAGCCCGCCGACAGUGCUGUGUUCGUCAAUGUCGCCACCACGGCCGAGGAUAUGCUCCAGGAUCUGAGCGUGCUGGAGGAGGUGCUGCGCAUGGUAUUGGAAAUCCUCAACUCCUGCCUUACAAAUCAGCUCGUGUACUGCCCGAAUCUGGUCUACACGCUGCUGUACAAGCGCAGUGUCUUCGAGGGAUUCCGCAGUCAUCACGCCUUCCAGGACGUCGUCCAGAACAUCGACAUGGUGGUGGGCUUCUUCUCAUCGCGGUUGCAGCGUGUGCAGGAACAGCGCGGCGAACUGGGUGUCAACGAGGUGCUCGAGGUGAUAUCGAAGGGUGCCAGCCAAUGGUCCAGCGAUCGGCUGAGGAAGUUUCCGGAUCUUAAGUUUAAGUACGUGGAGGAGGAUGCACCCGAGGAGUUCUUCAUUCCAUAUGUCUGGACGCUGGUCUGCAAGUACGGCUGCGUGCACUUCAGCUCGGAGAGCAUAAAGAGCGUCACCACGGACAUUGCCUGCUAAUACGCACACUCUUCGUCUUCGCCUUCGUCUUCGUCUUCGCUUCUCCUGCAUGUCUGAUCUAUGUGUAUGCCAUCUACUAAGACGGAGCCUGGCCCGCACCUCCAUUUGUAUGCCUAAUGCACUAAUUCAAGCCAAGAGCUCACACUGUUGUAUCGAAAAAUAACGAAAAGCAAAAGCAAAACGAAA